GGCCCGCGCCGAGGCCCCCGUCCUCCGCCCGGCGACGCCGUCUUGCAUUCAGUCUGCUGGCCGCUGCCGGUCCUCCCGAGCCCCCGCCCUGCCGCCCCUUUUCCCCCGCCCUGCGGCCGGCUCUGUGGUGGAAGCAGCCCGAGCAAGACCACUGAAGGUGAAGGAUAAUCUACAAAGUACCAGCACUUUGAAUGAAAAUUUGUUUCUCUGCCACAAACUGAACACUUGUGUGUGCGUGUGUGGGGGGAAGUUGAAACACAAACCUCACUUUGUGGCAUAGCAGCUAUGCAGCUUGAAAUCCAAGUAGCACUAAAUUUUAUUAUUUCAUAUUUGUACAAUAAGCUUCCCAGGAGACGUGUCAACAUUUUUGGUGAAGAGCUUGAAAGACUUCUUAAGAAGAAAUAUGAAGGGCACUGGUAUCCUGAAAAGCCAUACAAAGGAUCAGGGUUUAGAUGUAUACACAUAGGGGAGAAAGUGGACCCAGUGAUUGAACAAGCAUCCAAAGAGAGUGGUUUGGACAUUGAUGAUGUUCGUGGCAAUCUGCCACAGGAUCUUAGUGUGUGGAUCGACCCAUUUGAGGUUUCCUACCAAAUUGGUGAAAAGGGACCAGUGAAGGUGCUUUAUGUGGAUGAUAAUAAUGAAAAUGGAUGUGAGUUGGAUAAGGAGAUCAAAAACAGCUUUAACCCAGAGGCCCAGGUUUUUAUGCCCAUCAGUGACCCAGCCUCAUCAGUGUCCAGCUCUCCGUCGCCUCCCUUUGGUCACUCUGCUGCUGUAAGCCCUACCUUCAUGCCCCGGUCCACUCAGCCUUUAACCUUUACCACUGCCACUUUUGCUGCCACCAAGUUCGGCUCUACCAAAAUGAAGAAUAGUGGCCGCAGCAACAAGGUUGCACGCACUUCUCCUAUCAACCUCGGCUUGAAUGUGAAUGACCUCUUGAAGCAGAAAGCCAUCUCUUCCUCAAUGCACUCUCUGUACGGGCUCGGCCUGGGCAGCCAGCAGCAGCCCCAGCAGCAGCAGCAGCCUUCCCAGCCGCCGCCGCCGCCGCCGCCACCACCGCAGCCACAGCCGCAGCAGAAAGCCUCCGCUCUUUCUCCCAAUGCCAAGGAAUUUAUUUUUCCUAACAUGCAGGGUCAAGGUAGUACCAAUGGAAUGUUCCCAGGUGACAGCCCCCUUAACCUCAGUCCUCUCCAGUACAGUAAUGCCUUUGAUGUGUUUGCGGCCUAUGGAGGCCUCAACGAGAAGUCUUUUGUAGAUGGCUUGAAUUUUAGCUUAAAUAACAUGCAGUAUUCUAACCAGCAAUUCCAGCCUGUCAUGGCUAACUAAAAAAGGAAAAGAAAAAAAAAAAAAAAAGAAUCCUACAAGUUAAAAUGCACGGGCCCAAGGGGGAUUUUUUUUCACCUCCUUGAGAUUUUUUUUUUUUUUUUUUUAAAGCUUAUAGUAAGGAUACAUUCAAGCUUGGUUACAAAAAUAAAACCUGCAUCAUUUUUCAUUUGCCAACCAAGCACAAAGUUAUUUUAUACUGACUGUAUAUUUUAAAGUAUACUCUCAGAUAUGGCCUCUUACAGUAUUUAAGAUAUAGCAAGGACAUGGCUGAUUUUUUUUUUUUUAUAAAAAAUUGGCACUAAUAAGUGGGUUUAUUGGUCUUUUCUAAUUGUAUAAUUUAAUUUAGUACAAAGUUUGUAAAAUACCAGAGGAUAUAUAUAUUGUUUCUACGACACGGUAUUGCAUUUCUAUCUUUUUACUACAGUGACCUGUGACAGCAGCAGCUUCAUGUAUUUUUUUUACCGAAAUUGUAAAAUAUCCAUCUUAAAGACAUCAACUAUUCUCAAAAUUGUGUACAGGAUAUUCCUUUAGUGGUGGAAUUAAAAUGUACGAAUAUUUGCUUUUUCAAAAAAAUGUAUUUUCUGUUAACGGUUGAAAAGAUUUUUGCUAUAUAUUAUGGAAGAAAAUGUAAUCGUAAAUAUUAAUUUUGUACCUAUAUUGUGCAAUACUUGAAAAAAACGGUAUAAAAGUAUUUUGAGUCAGUGUCUUACAUGUUAAGAGGGACUGAAAUAGUUUAUAUUAAGUUUGUAUUAAAAUUCUUUAAAAUUA